AUGACUUGCGCGCCCACAAAAUCCUGCGAGGGCUGCACCUGCAGCAACAGCACCCGGCCCCCGGUUGCCAUCGAAGACAGCGCGGAGGAGCUCAAGCGCCUGCGCCGCCGCAACCAGGAGCUCGAGACGAGACUCAGUCUCGCGGCGGAGUCUGGCACGCGGCGAAUCGUUCGGCAACCGGGCCGCACGCUGCGCUCGUCAGCGUGGUUCGAAUGCCGCAGUGAUCCUGGGAUGACGGCGAUUUAUAUGGAGCGGUAUUUCAAUUUCGGGAUCACGCGAGAGGAGUUGAUGUCGGGCAAGCCGAUGAUUGGGAUUGCGCAGACGGGCUCGGAUAUUGCGCCGUGCAAUCGGCAUCACAUCGAGCUGUCCAAGAGGGUCCGGGAGGGGAUUCGGACGGCGGGGGGGAUUGCGUUUGAGUUUCCGACGCAUCCUAUACAGGAGACUUCGCGGCGGCCGACGGCGACGUUGGAUCGGAAUCUGGCGUAUUUGGGUUUGGUGGAGAUUCUGACGAGUUAUUUCCUUGAUGGUGUUGUUCUUUUGACGGGGUGUGAUAAGACGACCCCUGCAUGCUUGAUGGCAGCGGCGACUGUGAAUAUCCCAGCUAUCUGUCUGAAUGUUGGCCCGAUGCUGAAUGGCUACUCAGAGGGCAGGCUAUGUGGAGCAGGAAGUGUGGUCUGGACCGCCCGUGAGCGAUACGCGACUGGCGAAAUCGACGAGAAUGAAUACAUGGAUUAUAUCUCCAGAGGGACGCCCUCUGUCGGCCAUUGCAACACUAUGGGCACCGCCUCAACAAUGAACGCCCUGGCCGAAGCUCUCGGCAUGGCAUUGCCAGGAUCUGCGGCCAUCCCAGCUGCAUAUCGCCAUCGUGCGCAAUGCGCCUAUGAAACCGGAAAACAAAUCGUGGAAAUGGUCGAAGCCGACCGGAAGCCAAGUGAUAUCAUGACACGCGAGGCCUUCGAGAAUGCCAUUGUUGCGAAUGCGGCCUUCGGCGGGAGCACGAACGCCCCUAUCCACUUGCUGGCUGUUGCCCAACACAUGGGCAUUGAGCUGACAAUGGAUGACUGGGACAAUCUCGGCUCCAAGAUCCCCCUUCUCCUGAACAUGCAGCCAUCUGGCGAGUACCUGGGCGAGGAGUAUUUCCGUGCUGGAGGUCUUCCAGCUAUUAUGGCAGAACUGUUAGAUGUGGGUAAGAUUCAUGGAGGCGUCCUCACGUGCAAUGGGCGCACUAUGGCAGAAAAUGUCCGCGGAAAACACUCGUGGGAUCGCCGAGUCAUUCGGCCUUACAGCGACCCGCUCAUGGAAGAGGCGGGCUUCAUCCACCUAAAGGGCACCCUAUUCGAUUCAGCGAUCAUGAAAACAUGCGUCAUCUCACCCGCAUUCCGUCGGCGAUACCUGUCCAAUCCCGAUGACCCAAUGGCGUUCGAAGGGAACGUGGUCGUGUUCGAUGGACCAGAGGACUAUAACGAGAGGCUGGAGACCCUUCCUGAAAUUGACGAGAAUGCCAUCCUGGUCAUGCGUGGCGUGGGGCCUCUUGGAUAUCCUGGCGCUGCGGAGGUCGUAAAUAUGCAUCCACCGGGCAGGCUCCUGAAACAAGGGGUGGAUGCCUUGUUCUGCAUUGGAGACGGUCGACAAUCCGGUACCUCAGCCUGCCCAUCUAUUCUGAACGCCAGCCCCGAGGCUGCUGCGGGCGGGAACCUGGCUAUUUUGCGCAAUGGAGACAGGCUGCGCAUUGACCUGCCCAAGCGCCGGGUGGAUAUCCUCAUUAGCGACGAUCUGCUAGAAGAGCGAAAAAAGGAUUUGCAGGCAAGUGGUUAUCCACUUGUGCCUAGUGGGACGCCGUGGCAGGAACUCUUCCGCCAGGAAACUGAUCAACUUUCGAACGGCAUGGUCUUGCGGAACGCCGUGAAAUACCAGCGUCUAGCACAAAAGAACCCUGUACCACGACAUAACCACUGA